UGUCUUGAACGGGUCGAGACGCUCAUUCGUAGUUACGUCUGUGAAUGGCAGAACGGAUUGUGUUGCGAAAUACGCUCCUGGAACUACCAUUGUCGAAUUUUCCAAUGACGAUGCAAAGAGUACUGGGGGUAAGUUAGGAGUUAAACCACUCCCAGCCAUGCAGCGUCAAAUAAACGAACUUAAUGAAUUCUUCAACGAUUUCGAUGUUGAGUUUGAAGGAUACACGACACCAACUUAUUCAUGUGGAAUUAUAGUCCAUGGAAGCCAUGGGACGGGAAAAUCAAUGCUACUUGACCAUAUUGCGGCUACGAACUGGGGUAGAGUUGUUCGAGUCGCUUAUAACGAUAAGUAUUCGACAAUUCAGACUUACUUUAAAACAGCGCUCGAGCAGCGUAGUCCAACCAUCAUCUUAAUCGAUGAUAUAACGAAAUUGAUAGGAAAAGAUCAGUCAAACCGACAGGUUAUGGUUGAGACUAUCGGCGAGGGGCUUGAUGCUCUAACAAAUAAGGCACGUCAACAAAAUAGGAGGCCUCAUGUUUUAGUAGUUGCUACCUGUCUCGACUAUCUAAAUGAUAUUCCUCAUGCCCUUCAACGACCUGGUCGGUUUGAAGAGCAUAUCGCGCUCCCCGUUCCGGACGCGCAAGGUCGGAAAGAGAUCAUAAAGCACCACAAGCCGACUUUUUCUGCUGAUGUAUUUGAUCAAUACGUGUCAGACCUUGGCGACCGUACACACGCGUAUACAGGCGCAGAUCUGCGCAAAGUCCUCUACCGGGCUACCAAGGCAUGGAGGAAACGAGUUGGAAGCCCCUCCAAAACACACCCCUUAACGUGGGAUGACGUGGUGAAGGGACUUCAGGAAGUGCGGCCUACCGCUAUGCACGACAUAAAUCUCAAGCCGCCCACCGUGCGCUGGAGCGACAUUGGCGGAUACGAGGAGGUCAAAGUUGCGCUUCAAAGAGUGCUUCGACACCCCACGGGCCCUCGUGCGAAGAUGUCGAAACCGCCAAAAGGCGUGCUCCUCUACGGCCCUCCCGGCUGCUCCAAGACCAUGACGGCGCAGGCCAUGGCCACAGAGUCGGACUUCAACUUCUUCGCCGUCAAGGGUGGCGAGCUGCUCAACAUGUACGUGGGCGAGACCGAGCGCUCCAUCCGCAACCUGUUCAAGCGCGCCCGCGAAGCCAGUCCCAGCAUCAUAUUCUUCGACGAGUUCGACUCGAUCGCAGGGUCGCGCUCGGGCUCUGGUGGUGGCAGUGGUAGUAGUAGCGGCGGCGUCCAAGCCCUCACCACGCUGUUGACGGAAAUGGAUGGGUUCGAACGCAUUGGCGAGGUGUUCGUACUCGCCGCUACUAACAAGCCCGAGCUUCUAGACUCGGCGUUGCGAAGGCCCGGCCGCUUCGACGAGCUCAUCUACGUCCCAUUGCCGGAUGCCAAGGCAAGAGAGGCCAUCUUCACCGCCAAGGCGAGAGAGCUCGGCUUUCCGAUUGAUGUGGAUGCUGCAGAGUUGGCGAGACGUACGGAAGGCUACUCAGGCGCUGAAGUUGCGAGGAUUUGCGACAAGGCGUUCUGGGAUGCGGAGGAUGAGAUGGCGCCUGCGAUGGAGGUUCUAAUCAAGGCGAUUGAGAAGACACCGAGGUUGGUCACGGCGGAUAUGUUAGAGCAUUAUAGGGAAUGGGGUGAGAGGUUUAGAUCGUAAGCUAUAAGUACACAGAGAACAGCAUUUGGAUCUUUGAAGUCUCGACUAAAAGCAUACCUACGAUAUAAAUCCUUGUGGUGCUAACAUGAAAAUGUCAAGGCUCGUUUAAAUCUACCUAGGUAUGCUUAUACCUAUACCGGCUCCAUCAAAUUCAGUGAUACCGAUUUUAUGGUAUCUUGUUUACUAGAGUGUUAAAAUUUCAAUUCAUGAAUACAUGCUAUGAUUAUGGUAGAAGAAAAAAGAACAGCCUUUUCCACAAAACCAGGGCAAAAAGCAGGAAAAAAAGAUCAUUUUGAAAUGAAACCACAGCAUAAACUAUAAGAGUGAAAAGUAAAAGUAAUGAUUUCGUCCAGGCUCGAACUGGAGACCUUCAGUGUGUUAGACUGACGUGAUAACCAACUACACCACGAAACCAUAGAGGCCUUCCCC